AUGAGCAGCUACAGCAGCUACUAUGGAGGCCGAGGCUAUGGCCACAGAGGUUUCAAUGGACUGGGCUAUGGCCAUGGAACCUUUAGUGGCCUGCACCAUGGCCAUGGAGGUGUCAGUGGCUAUGGCUACAACCACAGAGGCUUUAAUGGCCUGGGCUAUGGCUAUGGCUGUGGAGGUGGCAGCUUCCAUAGACUGGGCAACCAUGGCUUUGGAGGCUAUGGAUAUGGUUCUAGCUAUGGAAACUACGGAUAUGGUUACUACCAUCCCUCAUCUUUUGGAGGCCAUGGCUUCUCCAGCUUCUACUGA